AUGAAUGAACUUAGUGGGGCUGAGGCCAGGCGCCUCCACUUCCACAGAAGGUAGGCUAGUUUAUGGGGGAGCUGCUGUUAACCUACACAGAAGUCGUUAUCGCGAAAGCAACAUGUAAAUGGGUUGUACGUGGGCAGCCGCCUGUUAGUAGUUCUGAAUUGAUGUGGAACAAAUCGCGAAGUUACCUGUGAAUUGAUGCCUUUACAGAAGAGUUCUUACUGGUUUCCAAAGUAGUUCCCAGUAACGAAUCGGAGACAGAGAACGUACAGUAUUCGUUUUACUGUGCAGCGAAUUAAGCAAAACACAUCGGGCCCCGUGAACCCGUUUCUGGGGUGGGGUAGGAAAACCAUGAUCUCUUUGUGUGAUGUAAUAUGUGAAAUAGUCUGGUACUAGAGAAAUUCGUGUCAUCAAACGCAUCGUAGUCAAGAGAAACAUUAAGAAACGGCAGCGAUCCUUUCGGUCUACUGUAUACAUUUAAACAAAUAAACAAUGAUUGGUGGAUGCUCCUGUGCUUUUCAUUCAAUCUGCCGUACUCGGAAAACCAUACGUAGUAGGAAAUAAAUUUGGCCACUGGAUGGUGCUUUUGCUUCAUAGCCUUGACCAAAUUUUGAGGGGAAAGUUUUACAUAUUUAAAUAAUGCAGUUACUUUUAUGUAUUAACUGCCUGUAAUUAUGUAUAUAUUCCAUAUACUGUAUGGGAUGCAGUAAUCAAUAAUUACAUUUUUUUUGCUAGUUGCAACUUGCACCAAACCUGCUGCCCCAGCCUCCAGCAAGGGCAUUCCAGAAUGGGCAUCACUGCUUGAAGGAGAGAGUUGCUAGUUGGGCAUCCCUGCUUGAAAGUGCCCUGAGCACCUUUAUGCAGGAACAUCCAACAUCCUCCGUUGCCAGAGGGAAGGAAAAUAGCAGUUUGGGUGCAAGUGAGUAGAGAGUCCCUGUUUGAAGUGGGCCUUCAGGUAGGGAAGUCCAACAGGCACAUUCUGCUUGCCCGCCUUUACUGUACUGAGGAGCAGCAGGAAAGGAUUGCCAGUUGAGUCCUAUGAGGUUAAGACUCUCCAGGUGCCUUUUGGCUGUGCAACUGCCAAACAUCUUCCAACUUUCCUCACAUUUGAGGAGAUGUUGAGGAUCUCUGUCUACCUCUGCAGCUUCAGAUUUGGAAGGUUUAGCACCUGACUGUGCUCUUCAGAGGAAGGUACUAUAGUCAUUAGCUGGGAGUUGGGCUAGAUGAUGCUUCAAUUCUUCCAACUCUAUAGUUAUGAUUCUAUGAUUCAUCAAGCUGAGCAGAAUUAUUGAAAAUAGUGAUGCCUUUUAUUACUACAAAAAUGUUCCAUCUUUGCAAAUCAGUUGUUGAGACUGAUGGUGUCAUUAGUAUACAAAUCAACCCAAAUUUAUAUGUCUUCCCCCAAAAAUUUUGAGCAGUGUGCGUAUUCCCCAAAGGCAAAGAGAGACUUGAUGCACAUAUAUGCUUUCUAGAAUGUUGGGUUGUGACCCAAGUGCUUUAAUAACAGGACUGAUCAUUAUUGUUUGUAGAGGCUUUCUGAAAAGUUGAUGAGCAGUAGGGAUGGUUUCAGUUUCUGCUUUCAUUCCAAUUGAUACUGGAAGCAUUUCACUGUAACCAGAAUUUUAAAGCUUUGUUCUGUACUUGUAGUCACAUUAAGUGCUGCUGCAGACAAGCUAUAAUCUCUGGAGUUACACAUAUAAUGUAGAUGGUUUUAGCGAUUGUUGUUUGUCUCUACUUAAAGCCAAACAGUUUAUUCAAGUUUUUAUUUUUUGCUUUUAGAAUAAAUUGAAGUGAAUUCAUUAGGAUUUCUUAGCCCACUUGGAUGUUCCAAUGGAUACUCCAUAGGCUCUGGUAUUAAUAGUGUUGAAGAUUUAGACACAAAUUGACUAUUGUGACACAAAUUUAGAACAAGGAGUAUAUUGUCAUGUAUAUCUCAAGUUGUUCCUGUUCUUCACUUCAUAUGUAAUAAGCUGCCAGUCAGCUGUAACUGAGGGUUAAGUGCAACUUUUUUUCUGCAGUGUGAGAGGAUGCUUAACAGGACAUUGUGCUGCCUGACACAGAGCCAUUGCUGCUUCCCCGUGAGCCUCACUUCUGCACAGAUCACUUCUUCCUUUCAUCCAAGGCUCUCCAGCGACUUCUGCUGACAGUAUGCUGCUCUCUCUUUUCUUCCCAACCCUACACUGCAUAUAACACCAAUGUCUCAAAACAAAUGUAACUGAAGAACCUGAAGAAAGAGACAAUGCAUGUGCUUUCCCCCCUUUAUUUUUUAUUUUUUUUAAAAAAAUAUUUUAUUAAGGAUUUUCUUGUUUUACAGAAGUAAGUGUAAUGCCUUGUAUUUUUUUUUUACAUGUAAAAUUUUUACAAAUCUGUUUCAUUUGUUGAGGCAUUAGGGGGAGAAGAAAAAGAAAGAAAAAAGAAAGGGGGGAUGGAGAGAGGGAAGAUGGAUGGGGGUGGCGUCGGGUGGCGGUGUUUGACACCAAACUCUACAUACAUUAAACAUAAUAGAAACAAUGCAUGUGCUUUUGAAAGCGAGGGGAAAUUAUUGUUUUUUUAAAGAAGAAAAGGAGUGUGUAGCAGCCCCCAAUAUUUAAAGAGCCCCCACCCCAUUACAUCAUUAGAACCAGAACAUAAACCUAUGAAACUAGAAAAGAGCAAAAAAUAUCAAUGUUUGGUCCAGAUCCUAGGUAUUGCACCCUCACUAAAUGAGACUUAUGGCCUCAAAUUCUCUUUAUCUUAUAUGCUGCUUUACUACAACAAGGACGACUAGACUACUGAUCCUAAACUGUAUAGUUAGUUGCCCAACCACCCGCUCCACAACCCACUGCUCUCAACUGACUCUCAACUGCCUCACAUUCAAACUCCCUUUCAAACCAUCAUCCAAUCAUCACUCACCACCAGAAUUCCAAAAUCUCUCUUCCCCCUCCUUAAUAUUCCCAUAAUAAUUCUGAUACAAUUACCUUAAUAACUCUAUUACAUUCAAUAUUUUAUCCAUGCUGCUCCCCUAUAACCAUACUGUUAGAAGCACUUGAGCUUCCCAUUCCUGGCUUUCUAAAAAAUGGGGGUGAGCAAACUGCAGGUUCUCCAUCCCUGUUCUAAAAAGCAGAUGUCUUCCCCCCAAAUGAUCCUGGGAAUUGUAGUUUGUUAGGGGUUCUGGGGAUUGUAGGUCUGUGAGAGGGAAGCCACAAUGGCACAAAUCAUUUCAGGGGAAGUCAUGUGCUUUAAAGGCACAUUGGAUGCUCUUUAAAACAUAGUAUCAUAGAAUUGUAGAGUUGGAAGGGAUCGCGAGGGUCAUCUAGUCCAACCCCCUGCAAUGAAGGAAUCUCAACUAGAUGAUCCAUGGCCGAUGGCCAUCCAAGUGCUGCUUAAAAACCUCCAAGGAAGGUGAGUCACUGCUUCAGGCCCUAAGGGCCUCUGAAGCAGGAGAAAACAAGCUUGCUCCAUCCUCCAUGUCACAGCCCUUUAGACUUUAGUUAUUGAAAGGGCUGUAUGGUGUGGAUCUCAUAUCAGUGUUAUGAGAGUGUAAGCAACACAUUUCUCUCUCCCCUUUCUCCACCCCAUGCAGAAUUGCAAUGGUAACCAGAAGGCUGGAGUUCGGAGCCCAGCCAGGACUGGCUGUGGACAGGAUCCUUGCAUUGCCGGGAGUUAGACUAGAUAACCCUUGGAUUCCCUUCCAACCCUGCCAUUCUAUGACUAUAUCAAGCAGCUAAAGGAACAAAAAGAUGCUUCUGAAACAUAGGAACACUCUCCCCACAGGUGGCUUCCAGCAAGAGCUUGCAUCUUCCUUGGGAGAGAGGCCAGAACAAAAGGGGGAAAGGCUUAGAGUUCAGGUAGGUGGAAAUGCCAAUUGAGUGCCCUAUACUAUAGGAAUGCUUCCUUCCCGUGUCCCCCACCCUCAUGCACCAGACUGGUGCUAGCAUGGCUGGAAGCCAGGCACCUGCUGAUUCCUCCCUUUUCUUUGCAGGGAGGGAGCUUUCCCCCAACAUAUACUUUGUUCUGGCCAAAUCCAUGGAGAGACGUGACGACCUUCAGGUACUGGGGCAGAGGGAAGGAAGGGGUCCUUGUGAAACACGUUUGGGGAAUCUGUGGCUUCCAGCAAGUGCUUUUCAGAAGCAUUGCUCCCUCUAGCACGGGAGGCUGAGCAUAGCCAUCACGGCUAGUUGCCUUUGAUAGGCCUCUCCUCCAUGCAAUUGUCUAGCCCUCUUUAAAGCCAUCCCAUCCAAUAUGCUCUUGUGGUGCAUCGGUUUCUCCUAUGCUUCCUUGCUCCUGCAUGGAGAUGACUAUCGUGAGAUCCUUUGGUUAACCUCUAUCUGGGCUGGAAAAUAUUAAAGAAUCAGAGGACUGGUGAGCUUCCCUUGAAGCACAACUGAUCAAAGGCAGGCAGAUCUGUUAGCAUCUUGAUAAAGAUGUUCAGACGACAAAGGAUGCUAUCAUACCCUGCAAGCGUCUCAGAAAAAGCUCCCAAGCUGAUGGAGAAGAGAGCAGUUAAGUGGUCAGUGGGGCUCCAGGUUGCCGUUUCUGGAUCCCACCACAGCUUCCAAGUUGCCAAAGAAAGCAAUGUCACAACAGUUUUUUCCUCGCACUUCCUCACCAUGAUCCCACGUGGGGCCUUCUCAGACAUAUGCUGUGUCUGAACCAGCAGAUCCCACCAAACCAAGUAAUCGAGGAUCCAGUCAGAAAAGGAGUGUGUGCGGUCAUACCAGAAAUAAGCCAAAUAAACAGGUACUAGAAGUCACCCCAGAACUGGCCCUACUGAACACCUUCCGAGAUAACAAUGCCCACUCACACUAGAAAGAGCUCAUAACCAACUGACAGCAUUCGGUUCAAUAUGACUAACUUAACCCGACAACCCCCCUCACCCACACACAAACAAAUCCCCUGCAGCCAGCCAAAGACGAUCAACCACACCCUAGGCCACCCCAACCUCUCUCACCACCAAGGAAACAUAACAAACGAAUAGAAAGAGAAUUUCUGCAAGUGACGCUGACAGAAAAACCCCAAGCAUACACUAAAUAAAAGAACUUAAGCUUUGCCACCCAAGUACCUCUCCCCCCCCCCCCCAGGGAGGUCCCAAGAUUGGAAUGUUGGCCCAAAAGAGUAGCAGCGACAUUGGCAAAUGCUAUUUAAGGUUAAAUAGUAGUACGUUGUUACAGUUUUAACGACUUACUACUCCUUAAGCAGUACAGUGGUACCUCGGGUUAAGAACUUAAUUCAUUUUGGAGGUCUGUUCUUAACCUGAAACUGUUCUUAACCUGAGGUACCACUUUAGCUAAUGGGGCCUCCCGCUACCGCCGCACCGCCAGAGCACGAUUUCUGUUCUCAUCCUAAAGCAAAGUUCUUAACCAAAAGGAACUAUUUCUGGGUUAGCGGAGUCUGUAACCUGAAGCAUCUGUAACCCGAGGUACCACUGUAUUUGCCGUGGCAGAAUAAUGCCUCAUACUAAGGAACAGCCUUCCUCAGAGUGGAAAAUUUAGGGUGGGGGUGCCACUGGAGAGUUCCCAUUAUUUGACUUAAGGAUUUUGUUCCAUUGUACUGAAAUAAUAUAAAAACCUGAACUGCCACACAGAUUGUGGGUGAGAAUCCCAAACACCAAUACUUCAACAAAGAUCCGUGGAAAUCAGGAAUUUGUAUGGGAAUUGCAUGAAUGUCUUUACUUAUGACUUAAUACAAUUUGAGCAGGGCUUUUUUGAUGCCAAGGAGAGACAUAAAUAAUAAUAUAAAGAAGGAAGUUAAGAGCAGAGGCUAUUAAGAUAGACAAAAUGUACACAGGCUACAUGAUUUUGCAUAAAAGACCCAGGCUGUGGAGAUCAAGUAGUAGUAGAUCUUCUGUGAUAUGGACUGCUUCUUUCUGCAUGUAAAUAUCAGUAAUAGAUGGUGCAAAUAAUUGCUGGACUGGAUACAUCCAUGUGGCUUUGCUCAUUUAACCAUCCAGAGGUGGCAGUUCUUCAUAGGUACACAUAGUUUUAUAGGGUUGGAAACUAGUUUUGAGCAGUUUGCCUGUCGAAACAUUCAUCUGUAUUACCUGGCCUACCCUGAGCAAUAGUGGAUGGGGUCUUUCCCAGUAUUGUGACCUCAGGCCAAAAGCAGAUGUUUUUGGAAUAUAAGCUAAACCAACAGCCAAUGAAAUGGAGUGGGGGCAUGCUAUAACUUGCAGCGUUAUCACGUUUGAUUUUACUGGGGAGGUGUUUUCAGCAGCGUCACACAAGUUAAAGUGGUACCUUGGUUCUCAAAUGGCUUAGUUGUCAAACAGACGGCUCCCAAAUGCCGCAAACCCAGAAGUAAGGUUCCGGUUUGCCAACGUUUUGGAAGCUGAACGUCCAACGCGGCUUCCGCUAGAGUGCAGGAAGCUUCUGCAGCCAAUCGGAAGCCACACCUUGGUUUUUGAACAGUUUCGGGAGUUGAACGGACUCCUGGAAUGGAUUAAGUUUGAGAACCAAGGUACCACUGUAUUUCUUUUAAGUGGAAAUGGAGCCUUCUACAUGCAUUCUGCUACUGAGCUAUGGCGCUUUCCUGUGCUGUGCUGUCAAAAACUAAAUUGUUUGGAAAACACCAGGCUGUUCUCCCUAUCACUUUUAAUAGUGUUAAAAUGCUGGGCUUUCUUCAGUAUGGUAUAUCACUGUUCUAAGUAACUUUUAUUGACUUCUGUAUUGCUUCCCUUUACUGUAAUACUAUGGAUGUGUAACUGUAGCACACUUGAAAAAUUCUGCCAUCAAAGAUAGUAAAAUGACAAGGCAGUAAAACAAAGAGCCCCUCAGAAUAAUGUUAUUAACAUAGAAACAGCAGGCAACUUCAAAAAAAAUAAAAAAUCUCUCCGAGGCAGCUGUUUCUAUAGUACGUUGUAACUUGAUGUCAAACAGUAAAAGAAACUGCAUUAGAAUAAAGUCACUACAAUGUGGAGAGGCUGUUUUUUAUCAGAGUUUAUUGUUGCACAGCAGAAAUCAUGCCACUAUCAGAAUAAUGUCUAGUUUUAUUUUCUUUUAAAAAAUUUGAGAAAAACAUUUCCAGCAAUUUUCAUUCAAUGUGAAUGAGAAGAAUAUUACAUUUAUAAACACUGAAAUACCUAUUUUAUUCUUCCUGAGGAAGCUUCACAUUUUCCAGCAAUAAUAAGGAUAAUCUGUACAAUAUAUUUUGAAGAUUAGUUCCACUCCUCAUUUUCUCAUGUGUAGUACUGGGCAAAUACUGCAGCAGAACCAUGUGUAACUGCAUGGGUUGCUUGGUUUACUUCAUUGUUUGUUUCCCUUUUUGUGUGUGUACCUUUAAUAAUGAUGUCCUGUAAAUAAUCACACUGUUGUUGUUUUUAUUGACACAGCUGUUUCAGAUAGCCAACUUUCAAAGUCACUUCCAUGAGUUUUCACAAGAACUAUGUUAAAGUAAAUAUGUAAAGAUUUUAUGCUGGAAUUUAUUCUGGCAUUUGUUUGUGCAGUCAUUUAAACUAGUGGGAGGUAUAAAAUGCCUACCUGAAUUUUUGGAUUUUUCACAGUGCAGUCCUAUACAUGUGUACUCAAAAGUAGCUCUAUUGAGACUUACAGGUAAGUGGGUAUAGGAUUGCAGCCUAAAACCAGCACUUUGCUUCAGAAGAUUGGUUGUGGUUAGCAAACUAUCUUUCAAGGACACUUGCCUGCCACUAAAGAUCUUUCUUUGAGUAAUGCCAAGCUUCUAUUUAUCAAGCAAAAGUUUGAAAACCAGUAGAUUGGAGGAACCUAUUAUAGCUUUGUAUGACAGGAUAAGGAAGAAAGAAAGCACUCUUUUGCAGAGAAUCGUUCACAAAUGGAAAGGAUACUGCAUACAUGUGGUUGUUCAAGUACAAUUGUAUAUUUGUUCAUAAAAUGGUAAUGACAAAGUUUGAGCUCUUGUUAUUUCUAUAUUGAAUAAAGGGGCCAUUUGCACUCAGUUUAUUGCUUUACUUAACAAAAAGGUAAGGAGUAGGACUAAUGGCUUAAAAGAUUUCCUUAUUAAUGUAGUGCUUCCUAAAUUGGGGGCUCCAAGCACAUUUAAGCAUGUGAGCAGCUUUCCAUUAAAAUAAUUGGGACUGAACAGUGCUUAACCUUGGCUGGGUGAUGCUACAUCCAGUAAACGGUAAUGAAAAUAAUGGUGCAUAAUUACUGUCUUAUAUCUAAUAUUUUGAUAUAUUUGGUUAGAGAUCUAGCCAUUUAGUUUUAAAGCACCCUGAGCCAAAUAUCAAUAGAGUAAACUUGGUUCAUAAUAUUGUCUAGCUUUGCUACACAUUUAGUCAUUAUAGUGUUGUAAAAUAUUAAUUAUCAGAGCUACAUGCUUUCAGAAAUUUCAUCAUCGGUUUUUAAAGUUAACUGUGUUCAUAAUUUUUUUAGGCCAGCAGCAUAAUGUUCAUUCCUUAAAAAAUAAUUUUGAUUAAUUUGUUGUAUUAACUUAACUGCAGAUAUUCCCUCCAAAUGUCUUUCCAUAGCUUGUGAAUCUGUUCAUUUUGAAAAUACUAAAGAAAUGCAUAAUAUAGUACCUAAGAAAUCCAAAGCAUGUAGAACACGUAAUGAUGUAAAUAAAGCAAAUCAGAUAUGAGUAUGCUACUUGCCACUUUCUCCGUCUGAUGUAGGACUAGUGAAUUAGUGGAAUCUUUUCCAAUUUUAGGCAGGAGGAGGGGAAGUUGGGAUGGGAAAUCAGCUUAGCUAGUGGCAAAAGGCUGACUAAAAAAAGGAUAUGAAUUUUUUAAAAACAACACCAUUAUUUUCUCUGACAUGAUUUUUUACUCCUGUGAACCUGAAAAAUUAUUUUACAAGUUUGGAUUUAAUUAUUUUGGAAUUCUUUGCUUCAACAAUGUAAGGGUUUUUGUUUGUGGUAUUCAAGCGAAACAAUCAAAGCCUUGCAAAUUACGCCUAAGUAUUUUUCCUGCAGUGGCCGAAGACCCCGAUGCAGUAAAAGGUGA